UUUUUUCCACAACCAUAAGAUCAACCUCCCGUUCUCCGGCUACAGACACUGCCAGCCAUAACACUGCACAUCCUCAGCUCACGGGUUUUAUAUGUUUAUAUACGGAACCGGGUGACCCGUCCGGUACCGCCACACUCAAACAGUUAACCCGACAAACGCUCCGGUCCGGAUCAGCAUGCCGCGCGCCUUCCCGUCGCGGAGCAGGGCUGCGGUCCGCUGGGCAGCGCUGCUGGUGAUCGCGGCCUCCUCUAUAUCUGCCAUGGACGUACUCGUAGCUCACCAAAUCAAUGCACUGAAUGGAACCAUGGUCCGCAUCUCCUGCAGCUUCACGUCCUGCUACAGACUGGAUCACACCAAGUUCGCUAUGAACUGGACAUACCAGGAGAAUUCCAAUGAUACAGAGGAGAUGUUUAUGACCUUUAAGAACAAAAUAGUGCCUUUGAGGACAGAGCGCUUUGGAGAGCGGGUGAAGUUCGCUGGGAAUCUGGAUAAAAACGAUCUCUCCAUCACCAUUUCAGACGUACAGAUAACAGAUGAGGGAAUCUACAACUGUUACGUACGUAACCCUCCUGAUCGGAUCCAGGGCCACGGAAUUAUCCAGCUGUACGUCGUCACUGAGUUGCCUCCUCCUCGAGACUCCACCAUCGCGGUGGCGAUCGGAGCGUCUGUAGGGGGGAUGCUGGCUCUGGUCAUCCUGUCCAUGGUGGUGGUAAAGUGUGUGCGCAGGCACAAGAAACAAGAGCUGAUCUCAGAUGAACAGAAGAUGGAGGAGGAAGGAAAAACGGAUGGAGAAGGGGGAACAGAGGAGGGCACCAAACAACUCUAACCUGGCUACGAAGUUUGGUGGAGCCCUGCCCCUUACAUGCUGAAAUACAUGCUCCAUGCCUGAAGAUGUAUAUUGAAAUGUGCUUGAACCAUUGUCCUGUGAAUGCAUCGCUGCCCAUCCUAAGGCACUCUCGUCUCUUGCCCAGCCAUCAAAUGUGUCUUGUUUUAAAAACGUCCACCACUGCCACCUCUGGGUCCGAGUGCAUCAAGGAGAACCACAGAGCAGGUCUCCAAACUACAGAUUUUUCCAUUCUGACACUAAAGGUUUACAAAGGUUUACAAUAGUGAGAAAGCCAAUGAUCUAUACUGCCGUCUGGUUUCGGGACCUGGGUAUUUUUUAAACAUUUUACAGUUGUGUCCUUAAAUUACUGCCACUGCGUUCGCUGUGAUAUUUUCAGAGAUUAUCUUGGACAGAGGUAUAUGUUUAUUAUCUCUUCAGUCAAUGACAAAGCACACUAUUCGUACUACUGCCAAAAUAAUAUAGUGCUGUAAUGUUUGUAAGACAUUUUCUGGAUAUUGGUACAGUCUUUUAUUUGUUCUUCUGGUUGAGUGCAAAAAUUCACAAAUUCUGACUUUCUUGUUGUGUAUAAAUGUGUGUGUGUGUGUGUGUGUGUGUGUAUGUGUGUGUGUGUAUAUGUGUGUGUGUGUCCAGCUAACAGAGAAUGUUAUAAGAAUGCUUAGCAACAUUUGAAUAGGUUUCUGGAAAGUUAACCUGUAAAGUUACAUGAUAAUGGUUUGCUUCACAAUGUUAUUAGAAUGUUUCUUAUAUAACAUUCCAGCUAGACAAUACUAACGUUAUGGAAAUGUUAAAAGUAACUUUUCAACUAAAAAUUAAACCAUUGUCACAAGUGAAGUUUAAUUUAGAAACUUUAAAUUAACUUUUUUAUUAUCUAUUUUAACUUUCUAAAAUAUCCAGAAAACUGGACAGAUUGAAUGUUCUAAGAACUAUAACAUUUCGAAAACAUUCUACUACUCAAAAAUGAGCUGGAUGUAUGUGUGUGUAUGUGUGUGUUUACAUACCUAAAAUAAUUGUCUGGUCAAAAUAAGGUAACAAUGAGAAUGACACUAAACAUGACCAAAACAAAGACAACGAGACAACAUUUAGCAUUGCGCUAAUCUGUAGCUAUCAGCUUCCAUUUAUCAUUGGGUGUAUUUGCAUCUUUGUAUUAGUAUGUGUAUGAGGACCAAAUGUAGUCCUGAGUUUAGUCAAAUCUGUGUGUGUGUGUGUGUGUGUGUGUGUGUGUGUGUGUGUGCGAGCAAGCAAGUGUUGCUAUCUUUCUGAGGACCAGAUGUGAUGAUAUAUAGGUGUAUUAUUAUUUAGCUGCUACGGUUACUAUCAUUUGAAUGGAAGGUCCUCACAAGAAUAACAAAAAACAAUGUGUGUGUUUGUGUCUACGAGCAGAACAGAUAAACGUAUAGUAGUGGCACAUUAACUGGUGCUUUUAAUCAGCUUGUUUUAGUUUCUGUUGCCUGCUGUGCACCCUCUCACUUAGUCUGACUGAAAAAAAGGUUCUAAUAUUAUUUUAGCAUGCUUUAAUACACCCUAGCAGACACCAAACAGACUAAGGCUCACCCCCCUUUCACCCCUUUCACCUACCUAGCCCUACCCCCUUUGCUCAUUCACACCUAGGGAUAGGGUCUGAGUCCCUAUAGGCAAGUCAGUUCACUCGGUUCACUGGGCAGUUGUUUCCUGUCAUGCAAGGCCCGCCUUCAGAAUAUUGGAAAAAUAAGUUAUAUUCCAUAAAGAAUAUACACACAUGCAUACCUGCGCAUAUGUGUACACACACACUCAAACAAAACACACAAAAACACAGACAGCACCAUGACAGCACAGGUUUGCACAAUGACCCAGGAAACAUUGACAAUGAAACAUGACGAUCAUUCAGGGAAGAUAAAUCUAAAGUCAGAAAAUAUUUCUACCAGAUUAUUAUUAUAUUAUUAUUAUUAUAAUAUUAUAAUAUUAUUAUUAUUAUUAAUUUAUAUUUAUAAAUUAGAAGCAAAUGAACUGAAGAGUUUUUUUUUGUUUAUAUAGUCUUACGUGUACAACAUUUUGAAUUUAUUGAGUAGACACUCCAAACCACUUAUACAUUCCUUUUAUAUUAGUGCUGUUCUUUUGUACAAAUCUGAAACUGUAAUGUGAAAUUAUUUGUAAUGUAUUACAUUAAGUAUGAAUUUGAACGGCAUAAAAUAAUCAAAUUAAUAGUCCGAAUUUAGGUGAGUUUAGUAGUUGAAUUUCUUAAAUUUGCAAGCCGGUGACAAUUACAAAAAUAUUUUUAAAAAGUGCUAAGAACUCCACAAUGCAUGAAAUCUGUGUAUAUUAAGUAUUUACAUGAAAGUAUUGUAGCCAGGGGAAAGGUCUUAUACAUUAACAUAAAAAAUAUUGUAAAAUUGAAAGAGAAAGACAUCAUUACAUCAUACACAUAUCAGAUUUUAUUACGAAUAUGAGUCCACUUUAUUUGGAUAGUACACUUUAAGUGCUUCUUAGAAACUUCAAAUUUCCCCCUAAACAUAAGCCUAGUUUUUACCUAAAUCCCAAACCUAAAUCUUGUUCUAAACUUAGCCCUGGUUCUGAACCUUAUUCUAACUGUGCUGUAAAGUAUUGUGUGUUAACAAUUUUUAGCAACUGUAGACAAUCUGUAGGCUUAUGAAAUGUAGCAUCUUAUCCAAAUGAAGUGAAAUCUGAUUUUAGUUAUGAAUUUGGAGAGGUAAUGAUGAUUAUAACUGUGAUAGUGAGGGUUCUGAUGAAUGUAUAACUAAAAAAAACCCUAAAUGUAUUCAUUUUUAUACCGCUUAACCAAAAAGGUAUUAUUUCUGUUGUUACACAUCUUGUAUCUGAUAACUCCUGACAGCGUUUAUUUAUAUUACAGUAGUUUAUUUCCACAUUAAGUAUCUCGCAAAAGUAUGUACACUCCUCACAUUUCUGCAAAUAUUUUAUUAUAACUUUAAUCUGAAACAGUAUAGAAAUGAAACUUGGAGAGAACUUAGAGUCAUCAGUUUAAACACACAGACAUUAAUGUCUAAAUAGCUGCAACACAACCUCACGGUGAACAUGCAUUAGUUGUGCCCAAAGUGCACAAACUUUGCGCGCCAUUGUUAUCUUUACUACCUUAACCCUCUUGUGUAAGGAGUUCACCAGAGCUGCACAAGUUACUACUGAAAUCCUCUUCCACACCUAAAUCACAGAGCUGGCGGAUGUUAGACACCUUGCCGCUCCUCCACCUUCUAAAUGAGGAUGCCCCACAGAUGCUCAAAGGUAUGGAGAUAUACUUGACCAGUCCAUCACCUUUAGCUUCAACUUCUAGUUGGAGGUGUGUUUUUUUUAGAGUGUUAUUGCCUGACUGUUCAUUUUUGGGCUGUCCCAUGAAAUAAUAAAAUAUUUGCAGAAAUGUUAGGGUGCUGAGAACUUUAUUGGGAACACCUGUGCAUUCUCACCUGUGUAACUAAUUCAGUUAUCCAUUCAGACAACUGUGUUUGUGUGUUAGGUUUUAAAAAUGCAUGGAUCUUGGUUAGUGCUUUCGUAAAAACCUGUCAUAUGGUCUGUGCAGAGUUAAUUAAAAAAAAAAAGUGCUAAAUUUUAUUUGAAAUGUUAUGUACCUUUAGAGGUAAAAUCUGAAUACACAUUGAUGUACUGUAUUUAAGCCAAAUCUACAGAAGCACCUGUCAGACCCACCUACUUUAUUGUUCUACCAGCUAUUUAAUACGUAACUCUGGAGCCCCACUACUCCCAGCACACCUGACCCAGCUAAUCAAUCAUUUAACACACCCAAAUUAAUAUUUAUCAAAAAAUAAUUAUAAACUUGCAUGAGAUUAUAUCUUUUUAUGACUGGAAAUAAAUACAUUUAGAUUGUCAAGUCUGUCCAAGUCAGUGAAGCUAAAAUUUAAGACAAGUCACAAGAUUGUAUCCAGUUAAAUCUCAAGCCAUCAAAAUGUGACUUGAGCCCACAAGUCGAAUACUAAAAUCUCCAUACUAAAGGAAAUACAAAAACUAUAGCUUAUUUAUGCAGUAGAGCUUUAGUUUCAACAUUAAUAAACAGAUGUAGAAAGAAAAGAGUAAUAUAUAUGGUGGCUUACUUUCGAUUUCAGUAAGUUUUUCUAAUUAGGUAACUGUGUUCUACCAGUCUAAGAAGUAAUAUCUGCUACAAAAACAAAACCAUCAAACUAAUGUUAUUUUUUUACAGUGUAAAGAUGUUCCACACUUCUAGUAAAUAAGAAAGUUUAACUAUGUAAACCAAAGAAUGAUAUGAUUAUUAUUAUACAAAAAUGUAGGUUUAUAUUUAUUCUUCCCUAUCAGUUACAUGUUUUAAACAUGUUUCAGAGAAUUGCAUCAGUACAGAUUGGAAAUUACUGUCUUUCUAACAGAUUCCUCUAUAUCUGCAUACAAUAAUAAUAAAUGUCAUGUAGUGUAAUGUAACUGAUAAAACAGUUAUAGGAAAAAAGUUUAAAACAUAAUGAAUUAUAUGAGAAAUGAGGAAAUUUCGUAUUAUUGGUUCCCAUCUAAAGACCAUUUAGAAUACCAUAUUAAAACAAAUAGAGGAAAUGGAAGAUUUUGUUUUGUGAGGCUUUAGAAAUGGCCUUAAACCCAUGAUAAAAUUGCAUAUCACCAAUUUGUGUAUGAAUUAUAAUUAUGGAUGUACCAGUAUACAAAAUUCACAGUUUGGUUCACACCUUUGUUUGAUACAAUAUUGUCUGCUGAUGAGUUUUAUUAAUAUAUUUUGAACAGAGAUUUGUGUAUCAUAAAUAACCCAUAUACUGUUAUAUAUUUCCCCUAAGGAAGUUAAUACAGCAUGUACUGCUUAAUCAGUCACAUAUAAACUCUCACACUGGACAUGUUUUGAUACAGUCAGAAAAAUAGCUGUUGUAAAAUACAGAAUAAAGUUGUGCAAUGAGAGAAGUGUUAUAAAUACUUUAAUAUAUGCUGUAUUUAAGCAAAGCUUAAUAAGCCAAUUUCUUUCAAAAAAAGAGGGAAACUACUUUAGCAGUAGGUCAGGAUUACUGACAUUCUGUAUAAUCUCAACUUUAGAAAGGUUUAUGAAAGGUCACACUAGCUCCAAACAUCCCUUAUGUUUUAAAAUACUAAAAUAAAUAAUUUGUAUUUUACAAAUCUGAGUAACAUCUCCUGGAAAUGACAAUAACUAAAAUAUAAGCUCAAAUAAGAUAACUAUUGUAAGAAUUAUAUGUACUUUCUUAUCUACACAUCUGGAAGAUUCCAUUAAAUAUGCGUUACCCCACAGCGAUCACACAUAGGUGAUGUACUGAUGUACAUGAUGUACUGUUUCCACUCACCAAAUGAGAGCACACGCUAGUGCUACAGUUAGCUCAGCUGGCUAAGCCAGCUCCUCUGUGAACCUGGUUCCAUGCUACAUUCAUUGUUGUUUUAUAGCUGCCUAGCAUUUAUUCUCUGUGUAAUUGCGCAAACCAAACCACUUCCCCUGUACCAAAAUGAUUCAUAAAGAAUACCUGUACCAUUACACCCCUACUAUUAAUCGAAAAUAAAUAAAUAAAUAAAAAUUAACACAAUAAUUUACUAAAAUUACAAUAUGAUAUAAUACUGGAUAGUUAGAAAAAAAAACAGUUUUCUAUAUGCCAUCUAUCUUGUCAUGCAGUUUCCAUAAUUGGUUUUGGCAGCAGUGUAUACAUAUACAUUUACAUUUUUUAAACGAAAGACCAAAUUUGGUACUUUUGGUGUGUUUAAUGUAGUGCUAUCACAUCAACAUAUCAAUGGCCCUGAAUAAUCUAGAAACUUUACCGCUUUUAUGUAGCGCAAAUUAUGUAACUACAAUUUCCUGCCAUAACUCACUCCUUUUACAGAGUCUGGUAAUGUAUUAGCAUUUUUAAGCAAUUCUUAGCUGUAUUUUGCCUAUGUGCGUUCUUAAUGUCUCACAUUUUCUCCAUUAACACAAACUUGUCCCAGUAAAAUAAACUGGUGUGUGUCAGAAACUGUCUGAGUAUGAAGAAGGAGUAAAGCUGAUUUACAGAAAUAAUAAGAUUUAAUAUUUUGAAUACUUUUCAUAUUUCACAUGUUGUUUUUGACUUUUUUGAACUGCAGCUGUUAAUUUUACAAAAGACAAUCUGUGUUCAAAGUUAAAAAGACACUAAUCAAAACUAAUCAAACGUAUUCUGACGAAUUCACAUAAUUAUUUUUAACUUUACAUUUAAAUAAUCAGUUAUAAGUUUAAUUGUUAGGAAAGAAAAAUGUAAUUAACCAUGAUUAAUUACAGCAAAUUGUGUUAUUAAUUCUGAUUGUUGGUGGAUAGCACUAGUUUAUUGCUGAUGUAUCUCAUAAGCUUGGAUGCACUCCCUUCAGUGAGACUGGAAGCCCACACUGCAGCAGGGCAGCUGUACAGUAAUAGACCUGAUGCUUGAAUGAUUGCACUUCAUACUGUGGCUCUGUGCCCUCUAUUAUUUCCACAUUCACUUCUUUCAUCAGAAAAACACACACUGUUAUUAUAUAAAAAAUAUUUUAAAAUGCACACGUGACACAUAACUAAAUUAUAAUAAUAUUUUACAAUAAGUUUAUUGCAUGAUUUGUUUUAUAUUGCACAUAUUUAUAUUGUUCACGUCUUAUUUUUCCAGUGGUUAUAUGAAUGUGAAAUGAUUUAAUGUAUUGAAUUAUGCAUUAUAUGGUAAGAUAUGGCAUUCUAUCAUGUUUAAAUCUGUAUUGCAUUUCUGUGAAUUACUUUUAACAGAAUGGGAGGUUCCUGUCAGAUGGAUAUUAUAUUUGAAAAAAAAAACGUAUAUUCAGGCAUGAGAUAUUUUAAUUUUAAUUUUAAUGUUGGUGAUAAGCUGUAAAGAGAUGUUUUUGCACUGGUGGAAUUAUAAAUAUGCUAGAGGGUACUGAAAUAAAAUACAAUUUUAAAAAGUGA